AAACUAUUUUUAGAUAAGACAAGUAAGAAGAAAGGAUCACGAGUCAAAAAGAAGGCAAAAAAGAAGCUAACGGGACGUGUAGGCGAGUAAAGAAGAAAAGUAGCACUGAGAGAAACAAACGAGUGAUAUGGCAGCCUACGAGAAAGUAGGGGAGGUUGAAGUUGCGGUGUUAGAACCAGAAGAUAAAGAUGUAUCUACGGGAGGUUCAGAAGAAAAGAGAGACUCCUGGGGAGAUAAGACAGAGUACAUGUUGGCCCUGAUAGGGUACGCUGUCGGAAUAGGAAACUUGUGGAGAUUUCCUUAUCUUUGUCACAGAUACGGUGGAGGUUCGUUUCUGAUACCGUACAUAAUAAUGCUGGUAUUGCUUGGAAUACCUCUCUUCUGCCUGGAAACCUCUUUAGGGCAACUCACCAAGAGGGGAGCACCCGGCGCUUUUGCUGCGAUGCACUCAGCUUUCAGAGGAAUUGGCUUCGCUGCUAUGGUUCUCGAUCUUAUCUGCAGUUUCUACUAUAACUCUAUCAUUAUGUGGAUCUUAAGAUACUUUUUUUCUUCCUUUACCACUGGAGCACUGCCCUGGUCGGCUUGUCCUGUUGAUGUUGAAACGUGUUGUAUACAUGAAGAUAACUCUACUAUGUACUAUUGGUAUUACGAGACUCUAGGAGCGAGUAACGACAUAACAACAGUUGGUGGAAUUGAUUGGUACCUGUUCGGAACACUCAUCGUAGCCUGGGUCGUAUGUUUUCUAUGCAUGAGCAGAGGGGUGGAAUCGUCAGGUAAAGUUGUCUACUUCACCGCUACCUUCCCCUACCUGUUGCUUGUUGUUCUGUUCUUCAGAGGAGUCACUUUGCCCGGAGCCAGAGAAGGCAUCCUCUACUACCUUACCCCAAAGUGGGAGCACCUAGCGGACCCCACAGUCUGGAGAACCGCAGCUACCCAGAUAUUCUACUCGCUGGGAAUAUCAUUCGGCAGUGUGGUCGCUUACUCUUCAUACAACAAGAGCAACAACGACUGUAUCAGAGAUGGAAUAGUAGUUACGCUAAUUAACUGUGGUACCAGCGUGUUCGGCGGAUUCGUUAUCUUCUCCUUGUUGGGGUACCGAGCUCACAAGACCGGAGUGAAGUUUGAGGAGCUGAAAUCAGGGCCAGGUCUAGCGUUCAUAGCAAUAACAGAUGCCAUCAGUGAGAUGUCAGUGGGACCCCUUUGGUCCAUCCUCUUCUUCUUCAUGCUCUUCCUCCUUGGUCUGGACUCUCAGUUUGGCAUGUUGGAAAGUCUCCUCACCUCACUUAAGGAUGAGUUUACUUAUCUGAAUAAAAUUAGGAAGGAGUUUGUUUCAGGAGGUAUCUGUCUGGUGCUGUGUAUCCUUGCUAUUCCCAUGUCCUUCGAAGGAGGCCUCUACAUCGUGGACCUCCUUGAUAACUGGUCCUUGUCAUAUCCUCUCCUCAUCGUCGCUUUUCUAGAGAUUGUUGUCGUGGCUUGGGUAUAUGGCGUUAACAAGUUCUGCAAAGAUAUCAAGGAUAUGAUAGGAUAUGAACCAAAUAUCUACUUCAAAGCCUGCUGGCUGGUGAUAUGUCCUCUCGUUAUAGCAGUCCUGAUACUUUCAGGGAUUGGUCUGUCCAUCAUUGAGGGGUAUCCACUGUAUGAUAAGUUUGUCGGGUGUGACAACAGCACCUUGGAAGCCCAGGGUCUUCCUUUGGAGGCGAACCCGACGUGGGUAGUGAAGGAUCAGUAUCCUGGAGUCUUCGUCUUCAUCAUCGUCCUGUUAAAUGCUUUUUCGUGUUUCAUGAUUCCCGGUUACAUGAUCUUCUACUACAAAGAGAAGAUUGUCUCCCUUUGGAGAAGUAAAUUUUAAUGAAGCUCUAUGAUAGCACUAUGAUGUCUACAGGCUACUUCUUAUUUAGUGACUUUAUUAAUCUAUGAUAAUGCGAAGUUCAUUAUAUGCAGCUCUUAGUUAUGAAACUUAAUCAAUAAUUAUGCUGUUACCAAACAUUUUUAGGAUCAUUUGCAGAUGUUACUGUUGACUAUUAAUUAUUAUUAUAUGUGUUACUUAUCAGUAUUUGUGACCUUAGGAUACUGUUAAAAAUGAAAACUAAAAACAGCUAUAUUUUCUUGUGGAAUUGGGGCUGAUAAAUUAUUGACAGAUACUGAUAAAUGGACUUGUUGAUUAUCAGCUAGGACUUAUGGUGAACAUUUAAAUUCAUCUAGACAGUUUAAAUGAAUUAACACCCCAAAUCUCUUCGAUUUCAACACCGUGAUUUAAAUUCGAGUAUUUACGACACAAAUUAAUUUAGCAGUGGUGGAAUUGCUACUCAUGUUCUUUUCUUAAGUAAAGUGUAAAGUAAUCCGAAACUUAGAUGUUACAUUAUACAGUCAAAUGUAACAUUACAGUCAGAUGUAACAUUACAGUCAGAUUUAUCUAUUGAGAAUUUGCACACAAAUCUAAAAAAUAAAAACAGGUCUCAAUAAAUUUCGGUCUACUCUGCGAUAAAAUUGAUUUUUAAGUCAACUUUUUCAAAGAUCAUCAUAAAUGCAUUUUGUUACGUCUUGGUUGUAAGAAAAAUCGGAAUAUAUCGCCACCUCCUGCCUGCAAUGAAACUGUUCAUAGAGUAGUUCGAAUUCAAAGGCUAGUAUUUUGUGUGGAUUUUAGGAUCUCGCAGUUCCCAGUUCUUUUUGCCGGGGGAUAUUUAUCCUUAACAUUUUUAUGGCACCACUUUCUGUUGAAUUUUCCGUUUCUGUAUUUGUAGCAACAUCUUGUCAGAUAAUAUUCUUUAAAUAGUUGACCAUCACUACAAUUAAAUUUGAAAUUGACUAUCUGCCUACAAUGAUUGCAGUACAUGUAUCGUUAAUUUAUGAAGUAAUAGACAGUAGACUUCAUCA